UUGUACAGUGGCUCAAUAUUUUUACCACAUUCAUUGGUACCUUCCUGGGAAUAUAGCGAACAAUAAAAAAAAAAUUCCCUUUAAUUCGUUAAAUUUUGUGUCGUGAAGCAUGGAUAAAGAGCAAUUGACAAAUGCAAUCAAUCGAUUGGCUGAUGUUUUGACAACGUUUACAAAUCAGCAAGUCUCUUUAGUGGACCAAUCAACGCAUAACCAACGGAACAGAACCAGUGAUGGCACAGAAAAUAUCACCAAAACCCAAAGUGAUAGUGUGACUGAAAACAAAACGGCUCUUGUUUCACACAACAACUCCAUGACGGUGUCCACUUUGGCUCAAGACAAAACCAAUUACAAACAACUAUUUAUUGAUACAAAACAAGCUUUAAACAAAGCCAUCGCAAAGAACACCGAAAUCGAGCAAGACAACGUUGAAUUGAAGGAAGUAAUCAACACGCUGGAUCAAUCGAUAGUCGAUUUACAAAAAACAAACGUGAUGUUGCUUGAGAGCAUUUCCAAGUUGAAAGCAGAAAAUAUCGAACUGGAAAGGAAGAAAGCGACACAUCAUUGUCAAACGUGUGGCGCAAUACAUGACGUUGUAAUUUAUUGCACACAGGAAUGCUACGCAAAACAACAAGCUCUUUUAAUGGAACAUUGAUGACAUGGGGAGAGGAAUAGAAUCGAGAUUACCUUUUUCUACCUGAUGAUACUUACUUUUAUAGAUUUAUGCUUGC